AUGUCAGGUAUAAAAAUCAGUUUAAAGAAAAAGAAUCCAAAACUAAAGAAACUUAUAGUGAAUAAUUCACAACAAACAGAUGAACUGUCAGAGCAGCAGAAGAAAUUGAUUACAUCAUAUUCUACAGAAGAUAAGACUACUCAUAAAGAUGAAACCAAACCAAUAAUAGUUUUGAAGCAACCAUGUAAAAGUAUGUUACAGAAAGAAAUCGAAAUUGACGAGAAACCAAUACUACCGUAUGGUGUAACAACGUUUGAAAAAGUGGAGACUACAAAACAAUCAAUGAUCAAAAAGAUCGAAUCAGAAGAUUCCGAUGAUGACUCCAGCGAUGAUAGAAAAAUCCCAAUAGAUGAAUUUGGUGCAGCAUUUUUAAGAGGACUUGGUUGGCAAGAAGAAGAGGAAAAGAACAAGGAUGACAGCAAAUCCACUAACACUCAAAAUUUAUCUCAUAGGAAACAUGGAAUCACCUUAGGGAUUGGAGCAAAACCUAUAGAUGAAGAAAUAAUACAAGAUUUAAACUCUACGGAAAAAGGUAUUCCAAUCAUAAAACGACGUAAAUUAAAUCAUAUAAAUAAAUAA